AUGUCUUCCAACCCCGGCCAAAUCUCACCCCUUCGACCUGUUACUCGGCAUAUCACGGGCCACAAUGAUGCAGGCAGAGCCGUGAUUCAUUCCACAACCCCAGGCAACUGGCAGUCAUUCGAAGAAAGCGCAAUGGCAUUCAACGUUGUCUAUACAUCUCAGUUCCCGGCGGACCUCAACAAUGAAGCCGACAUCAAACAGCACGAGCAAGUGGAACAGAAAGGGCAGCUGGGUCUAGUCAACCCUGGCGGAACCGUGUGUCGCAUUGUGGAUUUCGCGCCCAACAACCAUGCGGUUGUGCACCGCACCCAGAGUCUUGACUACGGUGUAGUCCUCGAAGGGGAAAUUGAAAUGAUCCUGGAGGAUAGCGAGCCUGUCAUUAUGAAGCGGGGAGAUGUUGCCGUACAGCGGGCUACGAUGCAUGGAUGGCGCAACCCCAGUGAGACCGAAUGGGCUCGCCUGCUAUUCGUGUUACAGGAUUGUCAGAAACUGUCGGUGGGUGGCAAGGAAUUGGGAGAAGAUUUGGGAGUUGCAACUGGUGUUCUGGCGCCCAGCGGAAAUUAG